UGUUUUUCUUUGUGUUUUCUGGUGUUUUCUCUGUGAAUAUGUAUCAAGAACGCAAUUGGCAAAUAAGAUAUAAAAUUGGUUUUUUACGCUUCUGAAUCUUAGUGGAAAGUUGAAAUCUUAUUUCUUCCUUGGUGCAGGUUGCACAAUGCAAAAUGAUUUUCCACAGCCGAUUUCUGGUAGUAGCUUUGAAAAACGGCUUCAGAAAUUAUGAAAAAUUACAAUGCAGGACUGUAGGUACUUUAACAAAUUUCGUCCAUAGGGACGAUUUAUGCAUCCAGAAAUUGCAACAUCGAUCCUACACAAAUUUUGGUCAUAAAAGGAAGAAACCGAAUCGGGUCCAUGUUUUGUUUACUUCUUUUCUUGUAGGCAUGAUGGUUUACUUCUCGUUCGAUCCUAAUUGGAGAGAUCUAAAAGUAGGCGUCGAAAAAACAUUGGUCCCGCCUGUCGAAGCGGCUGAAAUGAUAAACGAAAAUGGGGAGAGUGUGGACAAUAAGAAUCUGGAACAUGUCGAAUAUGAAGAGCAUAAAAAGAAAAAGAAAAAACAGAAAGUAGGAUUCCGUGAUCGAAAGAUAAUCGAAUAUGAAAAUCGAAUAAGGCAUUAUUCAACGCCAGACAAAGUCUUUCGAUACUUUGCCACUCUUCAAGUCUCAAACCCUGCCAACGAUGCUCACGAAGUUUUUAUGACACCAGACGACUUUUUAAGAUCAUUAACGCCUGGUGUUAAACAACCUGAUGGUCUUGGAUUAGAUCAGUACAAGAGAUAUGAUCCGAAAAUUCAGAAAGUUUUAUCAAAAUCGCAAGCAAAUAAGAAUAUUCAAAACAAGUUGGAAUUAGAGUUGGAUGAGGACAGCAUUUUUUACAAAUUAGGAAGCUCCGGAUUAAUUACGUUUUCUGAUUACAUUUUCUUACUAACUGUUUUAUCAACAUCAAGGCGGCAUUUUGAAAUUGCAUUUAGAAUGUUUGACUUCAACGGCGAUGGAGAUGUUGAUUCCGAAGAAUUCAGCAAAGUCGCGACUCUAAUUAGACAACAAAGUAGUAUUGGAAAUAGACAUCGUGAUCACGCGAACACUGGCAACACUUUCAAAGGUGUAAACUCUGCAUUGACGACUUACUUUUUCGGGCCAAAUAUGAAACAAAAAUUGACGAUCGAGAAAUUCCUCGAUUUCCAACAUCAGCUUCAGAAGGAAAUAUUAAAUCUUGAGUUUGAACGUAGAAAUCCAGAUGAAAGUGGAAAUAUAACCGAAGUUGAUUUUACGGAAUUGUUGCUCGCUUAUGCGGGUUAUCCCGAAAAAAAGAAAGCGCGUAUGCUGAAAAGAGUGAAGAAAACUUUCAGAGAAUCCCCGAAAGGUAUCAGCAAAGAUGAGUAUUUGAAAUUCUUCCACUUCCUAAACAACAUCAACGAUGUUGAUACUGCUCUUACUUUUUACCAUAUAGCUGGAGCUUCUAUUGAUCAAGCAACUUUAAAACACGUCGCAAAAACUGUCGCUCAUGUUGACUUGAGCGAUCAUGUCAUUCAAGUAGUUUACACCAUAUUUGAUGAAAAUAUGGAUGGGCAACUUAGCAAUCGAGAGUUCGUGGCUGUGAUGAAAAAUCGAGUUCUUCGAGGCUUGGAAAAACCGAAAGACACCGGUUUCUUCAAAUUAAUACAAUCUGUAGUCAAGUGCGCGAAAAAUAACUACGCAAGUCCGUUUGAUAGAACAUAGAUUAUAAAUUAAAUAAAUUAAAUAAAUAA